GCAAGCAUCGACGCUAGCGCUAUCACUUGUGGGGGUUUUUGUUUGAUGUCGUUUUGUAAAUAGGGGGCUUCUCUUUAUCCACGUAUACAUUUGUUGUUGGCGCUGUUCCCGCACGUUUUGUUAGCGUUCAAGAAUCUCAACUACACCAAUCAGAGCCGUUACACGCAGUAUUACCAAGAUGUUGGCUGCGAACAAAUUCUGCUUGACAGCGUUCUAUUUGGUUCUGGUGGCCGUCCAAGUAAUAUGUCACGCGCAUAUGCACGCAAAAGAUGACGAUUUAAACAAGGAACGCGAAAAAGAUGGAUCGUUUGCUAGUAGAGCUAGAAAUCACUUGGAUGACGACGAACACCAUUCAGAAUUCGACCACGAAGCAAUACUAGGCGACAAAGAUGCCGCAGAAGAAUACGAUCAACUCAGUCCAGACGUGGCAAAGGCAAGACUUAAAGAACUGGCCCUGAAAAUGGACAAAGAUGAAGAUGGGUUUGUGGACAGGAGAGAACUAGUGCAGUGGAUUCUUAGAUCAUUCAGGUUAUUAACCGACGAAGAAGCCAAAGAAAGGUUUGAGGAAGAGGACAAGAACCAAGACGGCAAAGUAUCCUGGGAAGAACAUGUUACGGAAGCAUUUGGAACAUUCAGCCAAGAUACCUACUCUGAAGGAGAAGAGGACAGGCAAACUUUGCUCGAAGAGGAUGACAGGUACUUCAAAGCUGCCGACAGAAACCACGAUGGCCUCCUUGACCAGGAUGAGUACCCAAAGUUUUCCCACCCAUCUGAAUUCCCGGAAAUGAAGGACAUUCUGUACGAGGAGACAAUGAAGAAGAAGGAUUUAGACAAUGACGGAUUCCUCACACUGGAGGAAUUCAUGACAGAUGAACCGGAGAAACCUUUGCACCCUGACCAGCGCAUCGCUGAGAAGGAACGUUUUGAGCUGGACUAUGACAAGAACGGCGACAAGCUGCUUGACAAAGAGGAAACACUUGCAUGGCUGCUACCAGGAAACGAUGAGAUUGCAGACCAAGAAGCGGAGCAUCUCAUUGGGAACUCGGACACAGACAAGGAUGGGAAACUCACGAUACAAGAGAUAGUGGACCAUCACGACAUCUUUGUAGGCAGCGAAGCCACAGAUUACGGAGAACACCUACAGAACACAAACCGUUUCACCGACGAACUGUGAAACAGGGAAAGUGCUUUUACGCUUGAUCCUAAUGCUAAUCGUCCAAAGCACAAUUGUCACAGUUUUGUUCUUGCGUUGAAGUGUCGUUUUAGUUUUGCUAUUUUUGUCAUAUUUAUUUACACAACAGACGACAUCGAGGUAUUAUUUUUUGCCAUGCAUGUGCCAUAUUUCAUUACAAAUUUAUUGUGUUUUACGAAUAAAGUUGCUUGGAAUUCACAAAACUGGA